UCCCCGCCAAAGGUGGUUCAACUUGAGGUAGACCCAGCUGGAGAAAUGAUCAUCGUCAAUGGAUUCCCAACUAAAAACACAGAAAGGUUCACAAUUUUCCUGGCAUGUAGUUCUGGCUUGAACGCACAAAACUCAACAGUGGACAACAUACCUGAUAUAACUAUGGCUUUCGAUGUCCGAUUUACUGGUUACGAGUAUGGGAAUGCUAUUGUCAUAAACCACAAGACUAAUAAUGAAUGGGGCAUGGAAGAAGUGUUCAAGAAUCACAAAUUUGAAGUCAAUAUUCCAUUUCAGCUGAAGAUUACAUUACUGCCAGGGUAUAUUGAGAUCGACCACAAAGGUGUACGCCUGUACAAAUACAAGCAUGAUAUUGAUCAGAUCAAUUACUUUGGUUACGGGGGAAAUGUUCAAGUCAACGAAAUCCUUACCACAUAGACAUCAGGAAAUCAUUUACCAAAGAGGUUAUUGAUUUAGUAGUUGAGCUGAUAAUAAUUACGAUAAGUGCCUUUUAAAUUCACUUUUAAAAAUAAGCAAGUUAGUUUUAAAAUAUUUAAUCUUUGAAAACAGUUUUUAAUUUCACCCUCAAAACUUUUGUAACUUUUAAUUAAAUUUUCAUUUGUUUUGAAUUUAUUGCAAGAAUGACAUACUAUUAAACUUAGUGAU